CCAGAACUUCUUCCUCUCAUCAACAACUUUUGUUGCAUUCGAAUUCCACUUCUUCUUCGAACUUAAUUUCGACACCCAUUCUUGAUCACUUCUUCCUUGAUCACCAAUACAAUCAAACCCUUUAAUACAUACUUGCAUUACAUCUCCUGAUUCUGCGCGCCGGGAUCUCGAAGAUGCCACCCAAGAAAGUUACGAAGGCUGCAAAGCCAGCUGCGCCAAAGACCAAAGCUCCUGCUAAGGUCGCUGCCGCCGCACCAAAGAAAUCUGCUUCUGUCGCGUCCAGGGCGAAGGCAAAGGUUCCGGAAGCAAAGCCUGUUGCCGGUUCUAAGAGAAAGGCCGUUGACGAGGAAGUCGAGGCACCGAAGCGCGCAUCGAAGAGAGCGAAGCCUGCCGAGAAGAUCGAAGCUCCCGAGCCAAAGAAAGCUGCUGCUACGAAAGUCACAAAGCCUGCUGCUAAGAAGCCAGCCGCGAAGAAGCCUGCUGCGAAGGAGCCUGCUCCGAAGAAAAUCACUCCUAUUCCAGUUCCUACGAAAGCUGCACCUAAGAAGGCUUCGCCAAAGAAAGCAGCUCCUGCCGCAAAACCAGCUGCCAAGGCUCCGGCCAAGAAGGCAACUCCACCAGCAGAAGCUGCUCCCCCAAAGACCAACGGUGUGAAGCGAAAAGCUGAUGCUUCAGUUGAUGUACCACCUGCAGCAAAGAAUGCCAAGGCCGGUAACACAACUACAUUGAACGGUGAGACAAAAGAGAAGACGGCCAAGGCCAGGGCAGCCGCUGAAGCCAAGGCAAAGAAAGAUGCUGAGAAAGCCAAGAAGGCUGCUGAGACCAAAGCAAAGAAGGCUGCUGCUCGACCAAAGAAGGUCGUUGCACCAAAGCCCCCCCGGCCAGUCCGAGUCCUACCCACUAUCAACACCCCACCUACAACGAAGCUCGACAUCUACGUCUUCGGCGAGGGUUCGGCAGGAGAGCUUGGUCUGGGUAUAGGAAAGGACCCUAGCGGAAAGAGUGUCGUUGAUGUCAAGCGUCCUCGACUUAAUCAUAACUUGUUGGCGGAUAAAGUUGGUGUUGUACAAAUCGCUGUUGGUGGCAUGCACUGUGUUGCUCUCACGGCAGAUAACAAGAUCCUCACAUGGGGUGUGAACGAUCAGGGUGCUUUGGGCCGGCCUACUGAUGCUGGACCCAUGAAGGAUAUGGCUGCCUCUGAUGAAGACAGUGAUGAUGAGGGAGAUGCUGCCGACGAUCUAAACGCGUCUGAGGCUACUCCAGCAGAGGUUGAUACAGCCAACUUCGCCGAGGGUACGAAGUUUGCUUCAGUCUAUGCUAGUGACAAUGCUUCAUUUGCUAUUACUACGACUGGUCUUGUUUAUGGUUGGGGAACAUUUAGAGGUAACGAGGGUGUCCUUGGAUUCCGCUUCGACGAGCCGAAGGGCGAAAAUCAAGCAAACUCUCCCAUCCUCAUCUCUGAGUUGAAGGAUAUUGUAGAAAUGGCUUGUGGCACCAACCACGUUCUCGCUCUGACGAACAAGGGCAAGGUGUUCACCUGGGGAGCUGGUGAGCAAAAUCAGCUCGCCCGUCGCGUUAUGGCUAGGUCCUUGAAGAAUGGUCUCGUUCCGCGCGAGUUCGGUCUAGGCCGCAAGAAGAUUGUGAAGAUUGGGGCUGGAGAUUACCACAGCUUCGUCAUUGACGAUAAGGGCAUCAAGUAUGGUUGGGGAUUGAAUACAUUUGGCCAGACGGGCGUUGGAAAGAAAUCCGACACGGAUGAUAUCGUUAUGCAACCUACCCCGGUUGACGUUUUGAAGGGGUACGAGAUUAAGCAGAUCUUUGGCGGCGCUCAUCACACCAUUGCUUGCACGAAGGACAACAAGGUUAUUAUCUGGGGCCGAUGUGAUGGACACCAAAUGGGUGUGGAGACGGAGGAUAUCCCUAAGAAUAUUGCAUUCAUGGACGCUGAUGGCAAGCCUCGCUUCGUUGAGAAGCCGCUAGAGCUGGAGAUGCAGGGUGCUUGCGUUGCUACUGCGGGAGACACCUGUGUGGUUAUCGACACCGACGGUGUAGCUUGGUCUUGGGGAUUCAGUGAGGCCUACCAAACCGGACAGGGUCAAGGUGAUGAUGUCGAGGAGGCUACAGAGAUUGACAACACGGCCGUACGAGGAAAGAAGUUGGUAUUUGCUGGAUUGGGAGGACAAUUUGGUCUCGUUGCCGGCGAGCCAUCCGUUGAGAACGGUGCAGAGAAUGGAGCAUAGACGAUUUAUGGUUCUGGAAAAGUAAUUGUAGGGUACAUCGGCAUAGCGGAGCAUGAGACGGCGUUGUGCGUGCAUCAAAAGCACGAUUUGAGUGCAUUUUCGGUUUCUUCGAAACUUGUAUGAGUAGAUACAAAUUGCAUUGUCGUUUCUGCGAGUAGUCAACCAUUUCAAGUAUUGGUGACUCAGG